AUGCCUCAGCAGCAGCCAGCAGAUGAUAGCAGCGUCAGCAUGAGCUCACCAGAUGACAGCUUCAGCGACGCCCACCAGAUGACAGUUUCGUCACCGUGUCAGCGAUGGAGCCACCUUCGACCUCGUGUACGGAGGACGACAACAGCGACUGUACCAGCGACCUCCCCUAAGAACUCCUUCAUGACGUCUCCCAAGACUGGAUGGGGUCCACGAGUGGCCCACCCUGCAGUGGCCCACCCUGCAGUGGCCCACCCUGCAGUGGCCCACCAUGCAGUGGCCCACCCUGCAGUGGCCCACCCUGCAGUGGCCCACCCUGCAGUGGCCCACCCUGCAGUGGCCCACCCUGCAGUGGCCCACCCUGCAGUAGCCCGCCCUGCAGUGGCCCACCCUGCAGUAGCCCGCCCUGCAGUGGCCCACCCUGCAGUGGCCCACCCUGCAGUAGCCCGCCCUGCAGUGGCCCACCCUGCAGUGGUCCACCCUGCAGUGGCCCACCCUGCAGUGGCCCACCUAGGAGCUAUAUAA